AUGAGUGUAUUGUUCACAGGCCUGCCACAACGCGUUGCUGCCGAAGAGCAGCGGAACGCCCAGAUGGAAGAAAUUGUUGUCACCGCACGUAAACGCGAAGAGCGGCUGCAGGACCUGCCUGGAUCUGCCGCUGCAAUCACCGAAACGAUGAUUGAAGACCUCGGCGGCAUUUACAGCCUCAGGGAUGUCACCGAUCUGAUUCCGGGUAUUACCCUGGUGGAAGCCGCCAGCUCUGACCUGAUGGAGCCGAGUAUUCGAGGAGCCGGACAGUCCCGCAACAGAUCCUCCGUGUCAGCUACCGGGUUCUAUCGUAAUGGUGCCUACUUUGCCAGCCAGAGUCUCGGCGGCAGGAGUCUGGCGCGUAUGGAUACUUACGACGCACAACGGAUAGAAGUGCUGCGCGGACCCCAGGGUGCGCUGUAUGGUCGAAAUGCCCUUGGCGGUGCGAUGAACGUCAUAUCGAAGCGCCCUGAUUCCGAGCUCGACUUCAAACUUGGUGUGCGCGCCGGAGAGCUUGACUACCAGGGUUAUGAAGCCAUUGCCAAUAUCCCGCUGGGAGAAACUUUCGCAGCCCGGGUCAGCUAUUUCACCGAAGAGCGCGAUGAUGGGUUUUUUGAAGACCAGGCGGGUAACCCGGUUGACGUGACCGAAUUUGAUCACCUUCGACUCGGGUUGCUUUGGAAUCCAACCCAGGAAAUGGAAAUUUAUUAUUCUUUUGAUCAGUCCGAAGAACGUUUUUUCCCAGGCAUACGGCAGCGCUUUCGGGAUACCCAAACCGAUCUUCGGCAAACUCUGAUUAACACCCCUCAUAUCGGUGAUCACGACAUCGACAAUCAUGCGCUGACCAUUGAUUACACCUUUGCUAAAGGCAUUUUCAGUGCGGUGACCAACCUGCGUGAACGUGAAGUCUAUCGAUUGGAAGAUGAUGAUUACUUUCUUGCUAAUGCGAAUGCAGCCGCUGUACUGACGCGGCAGCAGGAAACGUUUGUGGAUGCAGACAUCUUCUUUCAAGAGUUGCGUUGGACCUCUACCCUUGGCGGUGCAUUCGAGUACCUCAUUGGCGCUGACUACUACUCGAUGACUACCAGUGAGCUGAUUGACGAUUUCUCCGCAGGUGGGCCAACAGUUGCCACAUCUUCCAUCCGUGACUGGGAAACGGAUAACAAGAGUUGGGCUGUCUAUAUAUCGGCUGACUACGAUUUUGCCAAUAUCCCAUUGUCCAUUAACGCUGAGAUUCGCUAUGCCAAAGAUAAAGUCGAUGGCGAUAUUUUAACCAUCACGCCAAACUCGUUGCCGCUGGUGCGCCUUGACCUAGAGGCAGAUAACGAUUUCACUAACACGCCUUGGGGCCUCACAGCAUCCUGGCGUUUUGAAAACGUCAGCGGCGAGCUUUCAGAAGCCAUGGCCUAUGCCAAAAUUGGUUCAUCUUAUCGCCACGGUGGCCUGAAUCUGGGUUCGGGUUUGCCUACCGAUGCUUUCCCCACACAGGCUGUCUAUGAUGAAGAAGACUCCCUGUCAUACGAAAUAGGCGCCAAAACCUCAUGGUUGGGAGGCGCCGUGAGCUUGAAUGCAGCAGCGUUUUUCAACACUUACAACGACUUUCUGGAUACCACAACCAAUGGUUGCCCGGAGCUGUGUCCGUUUCUGGACCCGGUCACCCUUGAAUCUCUCGGCUUUGAAGCAAACGGCGACCGUAUCGAGGUGACCCCAGGCGGUGACCCCGGACUCCAGUCUCCCACCGCUUUUUUCAUCGGUAAUGUAGGAGAGCUUGAAAGUUGGGGUUAUGAGAUUGAAACCAUGUUUCGUUUCAAUCUGAAUGAGUCUGGCGGGCGCCUCCUCGGGUCAGUCGGUUAUUCAAAACAGAUGGGUGAGGUCACGGAGAUCGGCAGUGGUGUGAAUCCCUCCCAGGCUGAUGAACUGGGUGCACGCUUGAAUUUUGUGCGGCCUACAGAGCUGAAAGGCAACCUGACCUGGCGACAGCCACUGCCGGGUUUUGAUGGCGUUACGAUGCUGGCAGCAGCCACCUAUAUUCACGAAAGCGGUGGUUUUACGGCACUGAAUACCAGCCGACUGAAAAUUGACGGUGUAGAUCGCCUGGAUCUGCGCCUGGGCCUUGAAAGCCAGCACUGGAGUGCAACGUUAAAUGGCAACAACGUGCUGGACAAGGAAUACUUCACCGAUCGAACGGCGGUUCGGUUCCGAAUGAAGCUUGCUUUGCUUGGUGCUGUCCUGCUGGCGGUGUUGACCACCGCCACAGUAUCUGCAGAAGAUUACCUGUCUGAGGCGUUGCGCGAGCGCGUUGAAACGCUCAAAGCCGACGUUGCGAUCAACCCCACAGAUUCCCAGAACGCCGCUCAGCGGUCUCAGGUGAUGUGGGAGUGGGUCAAUGCGUUUGCCCAAAGUGGUGGCUAUGUGCCGGUCAAUCUGACGACGAUUUUGCGACCAGCGUCCAGCGAAGCAUUGCCACCGAGAAUGGCGGCAACCUUUGAUGACUACGUUUUUGAAAUGUCGUUGUUUGAUGAGCAGCCAGACGCAAUUGGAUCAGUUGCUACUACCCUGGGGCCUUAUGAGGCUCGCAGCUGGGCGACAUUGCAGCAGACAUACACCGUUGGUGAAAAACACAUGACACGCGGUGGUGGUAUGGCAGUACCGCGCCACUUCAUGGCGAACUAUGGCAUGUUUCAGACCAGCGAUCCUGCUGGGGAUAACUAUGUCUUCGUGUCCUCCAGCAAUCCCGCGGCGGAGUUUGUAGUUGAUACCUAUCCCAUCAAUGGCAUGCACGGCGGUUUCCGGGGUGCGCAACCCGUGCUGUUCUUUCGCCUGAGUCAGGGUGAGCUCAAAACCGGUGAUACGCUGACGGUAACCUAUGGAGGGCGUGGGCAAGGCGGGCGGGGUCUGUUGAUGCCUACCUUUUCCAGUGACCAUAUGCCGUUCCCACUGUACGUCCUGUUUGAUCCAGAGGAGUCACUGGUUUCGUUACCCAUUGCACCGGUGCAGGUGACCGGCACUAAAAUCGCCGGCGUCCAUGCCUUUGCGCCUUCCGUUGUUCGACCCGGCGAGAAGUUCGAUUUUUCGGUACGCGCCGAGGAUCAGUUUUACAAUCGUGCGGUGGGUCUGAUUCCUGGCUUCAAGGUGUACGCUAACGAAAAGCUGCUGGCGGAGUUGCCGCCAGGUGAGCAGGCCAUCCAGGUCAUCAGUGAGGUCAGUUUUGCUGAUUCGGGCGUACAGCGGAUAACUGUGGUGAGUGAAGAUGGCAGUAUCACCGGCUCAGCCAAUCCGAUUCUGAUCUCCACCGAUGCACCCAAAAUCCGCUGGGGGGAUACCCACGGCCAUUCGGGGUUUGCAGAAGGCAUCGGUACACCUGAUCGUUUUAUGCAGUGGGCUAAAGAAGAUGCGCGUCUCGAUUUUGUCACGCAUUCGGAACACGACAUCUGGAUGGAUGAUUUUGAGUGGCAGGUGCUCAAGGACAACGUGGAAAAAUACACGGAACCGGGACGUUUUGUGGCCUAUCUGGGUUAUGAAUGGACAACCUUAAAUAUAUUUGGUGGACAUCACAAUGUCCUGUUCCGCACGCCGCAGAAUCGCGAACGUGUACCCACACAGUUCUAUCCAACUUUGUCGGACCUGUAUGCCGGUCUGCGUGCCAAACAUGACCCGCGGGAUGUGGUUGUUAUUCCUCAUGCGCAUCAGGCCGGCAAUUACCGUCUGGGUGAUCCACGUCUGCAGCCGCUGGUGGAAAUCAUGUCACAACACGGUAACUUUGAGUGGUUUGGUCGCAUGUACCUCAGCCAUGGCCAACAAGUAGGAUUUACUGCGGCUAGCGAUAACCAUCUCAGCCAGCCCGGUUAUACUUCUGUCAAAGACAGCAGCCUGUCCCAGCGAGGCGGGUUAGGUGCUGUGAUGGCGGAUGAGGUCAGUGUUGAUGCCAUUUUUGAUGGCAUGAAAAACCUGAGCGCUUAUGCCACCACCGGCGAUCGAAUCAUUCUGCAGACCCAGGUGAACGGGGUGCCGAUGGGGCAACGCAUGGACUUUGCCCGUGAGCGCAACAUAUCCGGUCGGGUAGUCGGCACCGCUCCGAUCAGCACCAUCACGGUUUUCAAGAAUGAUGAAGUGCUGUGGGAACAGGAUUACCUGACGGUCCAGGAAGGACGCUUAGCUGACGAAGAAACUUUUUUCCUCAGCUUUAUGAGCGAUUCAGCGCCAAAACAUCGUGGUGAUAACCCAAGGGGCUGGCGUCCCUGGCGCGGAACGUUGGAAGUGGUUGGUGCUCAGCUGGUCAGCGCAACGUCUUCCGAUAUCAUAAACUCCACGGAAACCAAUCUGUAUGUCGAUGCAGGUAACCCAAACCUGGUGCAUUUCACGGCUGCAUCCCGUGGUGCGGCAACGUCGAUGAAGCUCGAAUUACAGAAUCCAUCCCGCAACACUCGAUUCAAGCUCUCCCUGAAAGACGGCCGUGAGUUUGGCAGCGGUCCGCCGAUUUUCAGAGCGCCAGCUCAGGUGCCAGGUGCAGAUGUUGAGCUGAGUUUGCGCCAACUAGACAGGGGUGAAGUGACCGAGGUGCUGCCAUUUGAUGGGUAUCUGGACACCAUCAGAUUACGCCGGGUGAUUACUCAAGGUGCUCAAGAUGUGAGCUUUGCAUUGAGCGACGUGGGUGAUAUUCAAGGUGACUACUAUUUUGUACGGGUUGUUCAGGCGGAUGUCUAUCGAGUGGACUGGUACUCGUUUCUGGCGGUGCUGGUGCUGACCUUCUGCGCUGCAGCGCCGAUUGCCGCCGCACCUGUUCUGGUCGCUGAUGUGGACUAUCGCGCGGAUACUCAGAGCGCCUUUGAUCCAUUGCGGGCGUUGGAUAUUUAUUAUCCUUCCGAAAGGAAACUUGCUCGCCGGAUUGUGUUCUUUAUCCAUGGGGGUGGCUGGGCGAUUGGUGAUAAAAGUAACCAGGCCACUCUGGCGAAGGCACAAUUAUUUACUGACCUGGGUUAUGUGUUUGUCAGCACAAACUACCGUCUGUCGCCGCGCCCGGGGCAAGAAGCGGGUACAGAAAGAAUAAGACACCCUGUGCAUAUCAAUGACGUGGCCGAUGCACUGGCGUUUCUUGUCACAAAUGCGUCUUCGCUUGAUCUCGAUGUAAAAGGUAUUGGUCUGGUAGGGCACUCCUCAGGGGCACAUCUGGCUGCCUUACUGGCCAGUGACCAGGCGUUGCUGAAGCGACGGCAUAUUGACCCCGCGAUCAUCAAAGGCCUUGUGGUGCUCGACACGCUGGCAUUGGAUGUCGACACGAUAAUGAAAACAAAACUGCCGCCACGCGCCAGGUCGAUCUACGAAAACGCGUUCGGCAGCGCGGAAGAGAACCAGAACGGCGAACUCUGGCGCUCAGCUUCUCCUAUUGUGUUUGCGGAUGCAGCAGACCCUCCCGUGUUGGUCAUAACCCAGAGUCGGGUUACAAACCGGGUCGAGCAGGCCUUGAGGUUUAUCCGCGCUCUGGAGCAACCAUCGACAACAAGCCUGUUCACGGUCACGCGGAGCCACAGACAGAUAAAUCACGACCUGGGCGGUGCUGAAGAUCCGGCAGGCAUCACCACCCGCGUGGUAGAAUUCUUUGACCAGGUUUUUGCCAGCGAAAAUGCAGCUGAUCUGGCAAGCGGUGGUUAG